AUGGACUACACAAGAUACAGUAGUCAGUCGCCCCUCUCACAGCGUCUCGCAAUUGUCAGAUCCCUGUGCUCUCCACAGGACCUUACACGUGUUUUCAGUGAACUGAAGCUGAUGGAUCAUGUGGAGGUGCAACACUCAGAACUGAGCUCAGCUGAACUGGACCCGUCCUUUUUGAGGAAAUGCGCGAUGUGGAGGGGAUGGCGAUCUGUGGAGCGGUGCAUCUGUUUGGGGAUCCUAUGCUUUGGCCUCAGAGACCUGGGGUACCACUGGCUGUCUGUGGGCUGUUGUGGACUUACAUACCUGUGCUCUGACCUGUGCCUCACAUGGGCUCUCGAUCGACAGAAGCGUUUGGAUGAGGCAGAAGUCCAACACUCCGGAGUGAAUUCUGCUCAGUGGGAGAGAUCCCCUCUCCCGCAGCGCUGGAUGUGGAGAGGAUGGCGAUGUUUGAAAAUUGUGGGGAGAUACAUCUGCUUAGGGAUCGUGUGGCUUCGACUCACGGGUCUGGGGUACCUCUGGGUGUGUGUGGGCUGUGGUGGACUGACAUAUCUGCUUCUUAAGAAAACAGUUCGAAACUUCCUGGGCUUCAGGGACUACAAAACCCUGUAUGUGUUCCACCACUCAGUUCUCCAGGGACGGAUGAAUUUGACGGAUGUCUAUGAUUCCCUCUACGACAAUGUCCUGAAGAGCACAUCAAACAAAGCCGGAAAAGAAUCUAUCAUCUUCAUUGUGGACGAUGUGCAGGACGGCAAAACUUCACAGAACAACAUCAAAGUUGAACAGCCAACCUUAAGCCAAUGUUGCGAAAGUGUUUUUGUCUUCCAGAAAACUGAGAAAAAUAGAUGGAACCAACAGGAAGAUCGCAGAUUAAAGACAUUUCUCCAAGCAUACUUCAACACUGGUGAAUUGACCAGCGUGGAAUAA